UCGACAAUGACGGACUGAUCGAGAAUUGGUGACGUGAACCCAUAAUAUAGAUCUCAAACCAAAAUGGCGAAUUGUUUAGACAUAAAAUACUAGAAAGUGAUUUGAAUUGUAACUGCGUCGUUUAUCAAUGACAGCCAUACUUCAGUCGCUUUCACUAAGUACACAGGUCUUGAUCCAUUGGCGGAUACACUUAGAGAAAAUUAUCUAAUAUGUAUCUAAUGGUAACUCUUGCAACUUGAAGAGUAGGAUUAGGAAAUUCUUGGGCUCGGGUACGGGGCGAGUGUGCGGUUGGUUUGUCACCAUCUGCGCUGAACUGUUAGCAGAAGAAUGAACACUGAGAACUGGCUAGGUCACGAGGAUACGAAGUCUGGCGCUGUUCCACAGCCUAGUGUUCAGUGUGGUCAGGCGAGCUGUAAAAUUGGUAAUGUCAGUCAGGUAGCUUCGAACCAUUCUAUCGCUCAUUCUGCUGGACAGAGCUGUCCACUAACCAGAAUGACAAGCCACACAGAGGUGAGUAGGCAGCCCAUCGCUUCAGUAAAUCCAUCUUCUGGGCAUGACUUCUUGCCUAGCUCAAACAAUGACUACAAGGCGGCACUUCUUCAACUUUAUCCUGAAGAUGUUAAUAUAGCUGGUACUUACACCCUGCAGUGUAACACCAAGCAGGACAUCAGGAAUGGUGAUAGCUUCCAAGAAACAACGUUACAAUACACUGUAAACUGUGCCAGUACAUCACAGCCCCAUGGUGUACAAUUAACCAAGAAAGUGUCUGCGCUCAAUAUACUGGACAUAACCACCACUUCUAAUGCCCCAACGGAAUAUGUUUCAUCAAAUAAUACCGGCAACAUGUCACACGUUGAGAGUUACAACAAACAAACCCAAAGCUUUAAUGGAUUUGAGAGUACUGUCUGCCGCUUAGAUAUCCCUGGCCAAACACUUACUGCUUCGACGAGCCUAAACGACUCUGGUACCAAGGGGAUGCAUCGGGCUGCAAGAAGUUUCCCUUGGAGAUGCAAGCGACAAAAGGGAAUGAUGAGGUUCACGUCUGUGGCUCUGUUUUACGUAGCGGCCUUCCUGUGUGUGACUGUUUACACCCGAGUCUCGGAUGAAUCAGUGGCGCAGCCAGAAACAGCCAAAAAUGUGACCCCAGAAAAAGGGAAAAGAAUGAGACGAGGUGUAUAUAUACUCAAUUCUUCCACUCACUGCCUGACCUUAGUGGACCAAAGCCACGGUUUGCCGCGAGACUUUCUGGACAAGGAGUUUGCACAGAAGGGAGGCUGGCUCAUCCACUUGGCGAUAGGGUCGUACAUGUUUGGUGCUAUUGCCAGUGUUUGCGAUAUUUACUUUGUCCCGGCUCUGGAACAUAUUUCUGAAGAUCUGGACUUACAGAGUGAUGUAGCUGGUGCUACAUUUAUGGCUGUAGCUAGCUCAGCUCCAGAAUUCUGCACUACAGUUAUAGGAGUGUUUCUGGCCAAGAAUGACGUAGGAGUUGGGACAAUCCUUGGCUCUUCAAUCUUCAAUCUCUUGGUCAUCAUUGGAGCAUGUGCCAUCUUUGCAGGCAUGCCCGUACAGCUAACGUGGUACCCACUAACCAGAGACACCAUCUUCUAUACACUAUCUGUGAUUCUGCUUGGUUUCUUUAUGGAGGAUUCGCUGAUAACUUGGGUCGAGGCUCUGGCUAUGAUCUCUGCCUACGUCCUAUACAUUGUGACCAUGUUCUUCAACACGAAGCUAGAGAAGUGGUGCACACACCUCAUGAUGGCCCAUCACGUGGUCGAUGACAGAACCACAGAGGAGAGCAUGGAAUCAUCAAGAAAACGAUUAUCUAUGCUUGACGCUAGGCGCCACAGCCGUAUCUCAAAAAUCUCAGACAACAAGACCAUGCUGACAAACACAGGCGUUCACGAGGUCCAGAGGCUUGGUUUGAACCCACAGGACUUUAUCGGUAAGAGCUUCUCCCGCGGAGUUAGCUUGACGGAGCUGGGCAUGAAGCUUUUGGAGGAGCGAAUGAAGGCUCAGGUACCAAACACGAUAGGCACCAGCGCAGACCCCAACGAACAACCUAAAGCAGAGAUAGUCGAGGAGGUCCCCAGCGAGGCCCCCCAAGAGGCCCCCAAGGAAGCCCCCCUGGAGGAGCCAGUAGAAGUAGAAGAGGAAGAUAUAAAAUUCCAUAAAAAAGACAAAGUUGUUGUCAGUGGCUAUGAGAAUCCUUUACGAUUUCCGAGCUCUUUUCAUGACAGGUGUUAUUGGAUCAUUAUUUUGCCAACCACCAUCCUACAUGCCUAUACCAUACCAGACAGCCGGCUAUUGGGCACAUGGAGGGCCAGGGCUUAUCUUCUGUCCUUCACUCUCUCUGUGAUCUACAUUAGCCUCUACAGCUACAUCAUGGUUUGGAUGGUUUCCUUAGCAGGUGAUGUGUGGGAGAUUCCCAGUACCAUAACAGGUUUGACCAUAAUAGCCGCUGGAACUAGCGUACCAGAUCUAUUGUCCAGUGUCUUUGUAGCAAGAGAUGGCUAUGGGGACAUGGCCGUAUCGAAUGCAAUUGGUAGCAAUGUCUUUGACAUUCUAAUGUGUUUAGGGGUACCCUGGCUGAUCGACGCCAUUUUCAUCACCAGGACUGGUACUCACAUCAACAGCGAGGGGAUGGUCUUCACUGUCAUGACUCUUCUCUUGACGAUCAUGUACCUCUGGGGCUCAAUGAAGUGCUUUGACUGGACCCUGACCCCAGCAUACGGCAUCGUGGCCAUUUUAGUGUACAUCUCGGUCAUUGUGUUCUGUGUUAUGAUUGAGACCAACAUGAUCUUUGAUAUACACGAGCACAGAUACUGCUGACUUGGACAGAUGAUCUUUGAAAUGAGAGAUACUUUGAACACAGUUACUGCUGACUUGGACAGAUGAUCUUUGAAAUGAGAGAUACUUUGAACACAGAUACUGCUGACUUGGACAGAUGAUCUUUGAAAUGAGAGAUACUUUGAACACAGAUACUGCUGACUUUGACAGAUGAUCUUUGAAAUGAGAGAUACUUUGAACACAGAUACUGCUGACUUGGACAGAUGAUCUUUGAGGCUCACGAACACAGAUACUGCUGACUUGGACAGAUCGCCUUAGAUAUGAAAAGAUAUGUUGAAUCAAUGUCAACUAUAGAUAGUGAAUUCACAAUUGCAUACAUUUAAAUUUUGGCCACCCUAGACAAGAUUUAAAAUAUGCACCUCCAAAUAAAUAAAAAUGUGAAUUGGGAGCAUAAGUAUGUUAAAAUAAUACAAGAUGUCAAUUACGAUGUCUGCUAUCAAUAAUACUGUUCAAUAAUAAUAAUAAAUUUCAUAUUACAAGAGUUGACUUAUACUAAAGCUCCCUGAGUAAGUAAUUCACAGUAAUAUCUCUAGGACUCUCUCAUGUCCAACUAAUCUAGGUCUACUCACUACUGCUUGGCUAGCGCCCGACUGUUGCCAUUUUGUUUCAUUAUUACAUUGAGGUUGGGACUUAUGUCGACAGAACUUAUUUAUGUUAUGUUUAUAGGAAUUGUGGGAUUCGUAUAUGAUAUGUUAACAUCAAUUGUAUUAAAUCUAUAUAAAAGG